UUAAAGUUGCCACGGUUGAGAAACACUGCUCUACCCCAUGAGCAUUCCAUCCAUUAGGAAGCAUUUAAAAGAGGGAAGUGCUUGGCAGAAAGUGGUUUGGAAAAGGGUGAACCUUGCAUUUAAAGUGAAUUAAGUUGCAAAGCAAAGGUGCUGCUUAGUUUCGACAGGCGGGGCUCCUGUGAAAGGCAGGAAGGCGGUAGGGAAGUUGCCAGCUGAUCAGUUGGGCCUUGCUGGAUAUCUACAGAACCUGUUACUUCCAAGUAAAAAAGAGAUGCCAGAAACUUUAUUCUCGGUCCUGAAACAGCAACCUUUCAUCAACUGAGAGAGGCCUAGGAUUUAAAAGAGGAUGUGUGAUAGGUGACUGAGGGGGUUCUGAAGCAUUUGGUGCCACAGACCCUUUCGAGAGUCUGGUAAAACCCACAGACUCUGAGCAAAACGUAUUUAAAUGCAGAAAAUGCAAUACAUAAGUUACAGAUUUUACAGUAUUAUAAAGGAAACCAAGGAUGCCCAGUUCAGCUAUCAAAAUAUUAAAAAAUAACAAGUAUGUUGUGUUGGACAUCGUUGAUUUUGAUUCUUUUGUUCUUGAUGCUUAUAAAUGUGAGAAUCUUGAUAUAAUCUGUUUUCCAUCCAGGUUCACAGACCUCUCGAAACCUAUCUGUGGACCCCUGAGAAGUUGGGGGACCACAGGUUUUAACCCCCUGCUCUAGCUGUUGUCACUUUGCACCUUGCCCUUCCCAGCGGGCAUGCUGGCUGAAGCUGCAGGAUUGCUCUGAGCUCAGCGACGUCGGCCCCGCCGUAUCUCGAUCAUCCCUGGGACCAGUUUUGCCCAAGAGUUGCGCCUGGUGGUGCCACAAGACUUCAAAGUAGAGAGAGUGCGCGCUGUGCUUAAUUCUGGUUUUAUUCUCUUUGGGCACAGCAGACGAUAGGAGACGGGAGAGAAGAACGCUGGAGGAAAAUGAAGUUUGCCUGCCUCUCCUUCCGACAGCCAUAUGCUGGGCUGGUAUUAAACAAAAUCAAAACCAUUGAGAGUCGUUGGCGACCGGUGUUGGCGAGCCACCAGGCUGAGACAGUUGCUGUCCACAUUGCUUUUAAAGACUGGGAGGAUGAAAGCUGGAAAGACAUCCUCUUGAAUCGGCUUGGUUGGACUCCGGCCCAGAUUGAAGGUUUGUUAGCAGAGGGCGAGAAGUAUGGCAGGGGAGUUAUUGCUGGUCUAAUUGACAUCGGAGAGACUUCCCAAUGUCCUGAACAUUUGCCUUCCGAAGACAUUUUGCCGUUGGAAGAUAAAGCUGUUCUCCGGGGUCUGGAACAAAAAUACUUGACGGUCAUUUCCAAUCCCAGAUGGUUGCAGCGACCCAUUCCUGCACGAGGACGCAAAGGCGUCUGGCAGAUAGACAUCCCGGAGGACGCAAUCCCUUCUGCUGAAUCUGGCUGGAGAGAGGCUGUUUCUCCUGACGGUUGGCCCUCUGUUUGUUGAGAAAUUCCGUUGGGUUUCCAACUGGACGGAUCCAUCUUUUUGCUGCUCUGAAGUGUGGGAAGCAUGGGCAAAUGUUACAGAAACCGGAGACGGAGCGCCUGAUGUUUGAGGGCUCCUUGAUGCAUAAAAAGGGUUAUGGCUGCUGAGGAUAUGGGUUGACACUUUGCUAACAUUGUCUGUUCAGAUAACGGUGAAUAAUCUGUGCAUCCAUAAUACAAUGCAUUGUACAUCUUAGGUAAUACAGUUGUGGUUUGUUUCAGCUAGGGCAUACAGGUAGUCCUCACUUAACGACAAUUAGGACUGGAAAACUGGUUAAGUGGUGUGGUUGUUAAGUGAGUCACCAUGUGACCGGAUCCGAUUUUACAACCACUUUUAGGACGAUCAUUGAGCGAAUCACUGCGGCCGUUAAGUGAAUCCAGCUUCCCCACUGGAAGUUUCUUGCUGGAAACCGGCAAAUAAGGUCACAAACUGUGAUUGUGUGACUGGCAGGAUGCUUCAACCGGUUGUAAAUGCGAGCCGGCUGCCAAGUGCCUGAAUUGCGAUCACAUGACUGUGGGAGUGGUGCAACGUUUUGUGACGGUUGUAAGCGUGAGUACAGGUCAUAAAGCACUUUUUCCGAGGCCGUCGUAACUUCAGACCGUCCCUAAAUGGUCGUUAAGUGAGGACUACCUGUAAAUAGCUAUCAAUGGAAGCAAGCAUGCUCUUGCCCGGUAUCAUUUUAGAAACCUUGCCCCUCUAAGAUUCUUGACUGUACCAAUUAGUUGCUCCCAGCUAAUUGUUGUGACUCCAAGCAUCUAUUGGAGAACAAAAAAGACCUGCUGAGGAUUAAGGAGGCGGUCUCAGACAUUAAGGAAGAGUUUCAGCAUGGAUCGCCCCUCUUUUUGCUCCUAGGAGUUCCAAGUUCAAAGGCAGAGGGAACCCUGAUUAGUACCUGGGGCUGCGAUGUGUCAAAGGCAAAUCUGUCCCUGUUUAAUUACUAUCCAUUGUUCAGCUCCAAGUGCGCCAGGAUAAACAUGCGCCAGCUACCCACUUGUCCCAUUUUAACUUGCAAAAAUAGGAACCGACCUAACGCUAUUCUCAGGGAAAGGCCUCCGCUUUGGGCCUCCAUCAAAUUCCCUUUGGCUCUUUUCUACUCAGAGCACUUCUUAACUCUUGAAAAAGCUGAUGUCCCACCCACCCUUGCCAGAGAAGCCUACAAACCAAAUCCCACCCAGAGAGAAGCCAAGAUUUACUGCUGACCUCCCGACUCCCUGCACUCCCAUGGGCCAUGUCAUCUGGGAAUUCUUUCAGCCACGUUUGGAGGACCUCAAGUUCCCCACUUCUGGUCCUGGAGAUGCUUAGGAUGGAGCAGUCAGACUGUUCUUUUACGUUCGCCAUGCUGUGGAUCCUCCAUAAUUUAUGGGAUUAAUACUGUGCUUGGCACUAUUUUUCUAUCUAAUGGGAGCCCUGUUCCUUAAAAGGCUAGACAUUUAAACAUGUCUCUCUCUUCUGGCGGUUUCACGUCCUAUUUUUCAUACAUGCUUAUAAAAUAUCUAUGUAAACACUUGAAAGCAAUUGGAGAAUUUGCAGUGUUGAGGGAAUUUUUCAAGCCUGAACAAAUUAGUAUGAAUCUACAAUUUUAGAAUAUCCCCUGGUGCAGUAAAUUACAGGGCUCUGCAGCUCUGAAAUCAGUGAUCUAUAAAGGGGGUUUCAGCAAGUUAAGCAGUUCAAAUGUAAAUGUAAAACAACCUUUUUCUUAGAACCUGUUAUCUACUUGUGUUAUAACAGAACAGUUCUCAAUUUAGACCAUGACAAAUUUAACUGUGCUUCAUUCAGACUGCUGUGUGAUUCCUCAUCGCUAUAUUUGUGAUAAAUUCGGUAUCCUCUGAAUUCUGAACUACUCCACAACAAACGGUAUUAUUGUUAGAUGGCCUAAGGCUGAAGUUCAUUAAAUUAGAAGCACGGAUUUUUUUAUUUUAUUUUAAAACAUUUUUCUCUUCCUCCAUGCAUACAUUUGUCCAGUAACCUACACCUCAUAAAAUAGGUAAGGUGCCUGCUUUGAAGCAUUUCUUUAUUCACAUUUUAGAUUUCAAACCUCCAGCGCACAAUAUUACUACAGGAUUCUCUUUACCAAAUUUAAUAUUUCUGAACUUCACGGCACCAUGCUAAAUAAAAGCAAAUACUUUGGGUAACAGAUCUGAGGCUAUUGAUAAAAUGAAUUGCCGUUUUGUUAAUAGGUGACUGAAAAUUAUGAAAAUAGUUUAAUAUGCCAAAGUAAUGUCCCUUUAAGGUGACAAAUGCUAAUUGGAGAAUGUGAAAACUACCUUGGCCCCACAGUUUAUGGAUGUCAGAGAUGGCUUCCCAUAUAUACUAAAUAUUUGCUGGGAUUACAGUAUUAGGAUCUCAGCUUACAGCCCACAGCUCUUGGUAUUAAUUUUUGUCUAGCAUUUUUAAUAAAGA